AUGUCCAACCUCUCCCUCACAGAUACUCUUCCACUCCCCAAUUCCUCCGUGCGCAUUCCCCGCCUUGGGUUCGGUGUAUACCAGUCCUCGCCCUCUGUCUGCGUACAAUCCUGCCUGUCUGCUCUGCAAACGGGCUACCGACACAUCGACACUGCCCAGUUCUACGGCAAUGAAGCACAAGUCGGUGAAGCGGUGCGUAAAUCGGGUCUACCCCGCUCUGAGAUCUUUGUCACGACCAAAAUCCUCUCCGCAGGCGGAAGUGUCGAAAAAUCUUACCAGAAAUGUGUGGAUAGCGUGAAUAAGAUUGAUCCAGGGCAAAAUGAAGGAGGGGGGGAAGGAUAUGUGGAUUUAUUUUUGAUACACAGUCCUAAUGCAGGUAGUAAGGCGCGGAAAGAGAUGUGGUUGGCGCUCGAGAAACUGUAUGAAGAAGGCAGAGCGAAGAGUAUCGGCGUGAGCAAUUUUGGAGUCGGUCACAUCGAGGAGAUGAAGGGCUAUGCGAAAGUGUGGCCACCGCAAGUCAACCAGAUUGAGUUACAUCCUUGGUGUCAGCAACGGACUAUCACGAAAUACUGCGAACAGAAGGGUAUCGUUAUCGAAGCAUACUCUCCUUUAGUCCGCAACUAUAAAGCCAACGAUACGACACUUGUCUCGAUAGCCAAGAAAUACAAUAGGUCAACGGCGCAGAUACUCAUUCGAUAUUGUCUGCAGAAGAAUUGGGUACCGCUGCCAAAGAGUGAUAAGACGGAGCGGAUAAAGCAGAAUGCUGAUGUUUAUGGGUUCGAGAUUGCUGCCGGGGAUAUGGACACGUUGGAUGCCUUGAACAAAGGAGAGGCCGGGGCGAUUGUUCAGGCAGUAAGGAACUCAUGA